UUCGAUAUGAUAAGGUAGAAAAAAUGACUGAAGUGUAUCGAGAUGUUCAGAGAAGUGAUACUAGUCUAUUAAAGUCUAAAAAGGCUAAAAAAGUGAUUGAAGUGGCUGAAGAUGCUACGAAAAAUGAAACUAGUCCAUGUGAAUAUAAUAGGACAACCAAGGUGAGGGGAACAAACAUUUGUAAAAAAGUUUUGCGAUUAAGACCUGGAGAAAAGUUAAAAGUCACUUUUUAUCAAAAUCGUGUCGUUGGACCGAAUCACACCUCAUUUACGAGACACUUGGGUUUGCUAGUUCGUGAUCAUAAUAUGUGCCCAUUGCGGGUACACUCAUGGAUGGAUAUCGAAGAGCACAAGCUUGAGCAUAUGUGGGCAGCUGUUACAGCUGAAAUUCAAGAGCUUGUACAAUCUCAACCGUCUCUUACUAAUAUUGAGGUAGUGGAACAGUGCUUUGGACCUCAAUGCAAAAGUCAUGCAGUUGGAUUUGGUGGUGGGAUAACCACUAAGGAGUUGAAAGGUGGUAGUACUUCUAAGGCUGCAUUGUUGGAAGAACUGAAAACAACUCGAAAAGAAAAGGAAUCACUACAAAAGCGUAUUGAUAUUCUAGAGAGUAAAUAUGAUCGCCUUGAAAGUAUAGUGGUUCGUCAGCAUCCAUCACCUUCAUCACCUCCACCAAAUGAAGAAUGUGAUGAAAAUUAAAGAACAUGUUGUUGAAGAAUUGUGGAGCCAGCUGAAAAGAAAGAUUAUAUUUUUAUUGUUGGUGUAGAUCUAGAGACGUUUUAACCUAUAUAUGCAGCUAUUUCAUUUUCUCAAUUUUUAGGAUUCGAUAGAUGUCGAACAUGUCUGUUUUAUAAUAUUUAUGUCGAACAUCUAUGUUAUUUAGAUCUUAUGUUGAACAUGUAUGUUUUUUAGAUAUUGUGUCGAACACAUAUUUAUAUGUAAGUUUUUCAGUAUGUUUUCGUU